AUGGUGACGAUACUUGAAUUGCAUGGAUAUGACGAGUUUCAAAAAUAUGUUGCAAACAUAGAGCCAAAUAGCCGCCCCGUAGUAGUGUACUUCAGUGGUGAAAAGCUGCCUUCGGGAGAAAGUUGGUGCAUUGAUUGUGUUGAAGCUGAACCUGUAGUGAAGGCUUACCUAAAUGAGCUGAAAAAAGAAAUCACAUUUGUCUAUGUUGAUGUCGGCAACCGUGAAACGUGGAAGGACAAAGCUUGUCCAUUCCGGACAGACAGCCGCACGAAACUCAUGGUUAUUCCAACAAUCAUUCUUUGGAAUGGCGUGCGGAGACUGGAAGGCAGUCAGUGUGCAAAGAGAGACCUACUGAACAUGCUGUUUGAAGAUGAAGAUUGA